GACUACCGCUGCAUUGCCGGAUUCCGAUGCCGUCCUGGACAGCAGCCACUUCUCCCUCCUCCCCUUCAUCCUCCGGCCGCCGGAUCCGCGUCGCAGUCCAUGUCAGGCCCUGUGUCAGCUAGCUGUGGGAUCCGCCUCGCCGCCCUCCACCGACCACCAUCCACCGAAUCCCUAUGCAGCUCCACGGGUGCCGCCCCAUCCCUAUGCAACUCGGUGGCUGCCCCCUGUGCAGCUCAGUCGCGGCUCCCGUGCAGCUCGGUUGUGUUCGUCUCUCCUUUCCCCUCACCCACUCCGAUUGGGGGAGCGAGGAGCGGCGGCGGAGGAGCGUUCUCAUGGCAAGGGGAGGUGCAGGCGCAUGGGGCUCCACCGGCGGCAUCUGCAGUUCACUCCAUGCAAGAUGAGCUCGGAAAUGCUCGUGAUGCCGUUCAGAGCUUGUGCCCGUGCAGUACGGCGAGCGCCAUCUCUUCCCAUUGGUCGGUGGACCAUGGCCGUGCAGCUCGGAAAUGCUCGCGAUGCCGUUCAAAGCUUGUGCCCAUGCAGUACGGCGAGCGCCAUCUCUUCCCAUUGGUCGGUGUACCAUGGCCGUGCAGCUCGGAGAUGCUCGCCAUGUGGUUCUGGACUUGUGUGUGUGCAGUCGGGAGAGCGCCAUCUCCAUCUCUUCCCGUGUGGUCCGUCAAUUAUGGUUGUGCAGCUCGCAGACACUCAUCAUUUGAUUCAGGGCUCAUGCGUGUGCAGUCCUGCGAGGGCCAUCUCUUCCCUUGCUCAUAAGGUUCUUUUGAUUCUGUUCUGCUAAUUGAGAUUUUGUUUUCUCGGUUGGUUUUGCUGGUGACAGGGGUUCUGGAGGUACCUUCUGAAGAAGAACCUUGAUGCCUGGUGGCUGCAAGGGUUCCGUUGCGCCGUGUUUGGGAUUGGCGAUUCAGGCU